AUGGGGGUGAGGGUUAGUGCGGUGAUGGGGUGGGGUGUGCGGGUGAUGGGGGUGAGGAGGUUAGUGCGGGUGAUGGGGGUGAGGAGGUUAGUGCGGGUGAUGGGGGUGAGGAGGUUAGUGCGGGUGAUGGGGGUGAGGAGGUUAGUGCGGGUGAUGGGGGUGAGGAGGUUAGUGUGGGUGAUGGGGGUGAGGGUUAGUGCGGGUGAUGGGGGUGAGGAGGUUAGUGCGGGUGAUGGGGGUGAGGAGGUUAAUGUGGGUGAUGGGGGUGAGGAGGUUAGUGCGGGUGAUGGGGGUGAGGAGGUUAGUGCGGGUGAUGGGGGUGAGGAGGUUAGUGUGGGUGAUGGGGGUGAGGAGGUUAGUGCGGGUGAUGGGGUGCGGGUGAUGGGGGUGAGGAGGUUAGUGCGGGUGAUGGGGGUGAGGAGGUUAGUGCGGGUGAUGGGGGUGAGGAGGUUAGUGCGGGUGAUGGGGGUGAGGAGGUUAGUGUGGGUGAUGGGGGUGAGGAGGUUAGUGCGGGUGAUGGGGGUGAGGGGUUAG